UUAGUAAUUUUGGGUUGUAGAUGUACAUUGGCAUAUCUUAACAUCCAUCCAUUAAUUCCUCAAGCUUCCCAAUAUUCCUCAUUGAUCAUCAAUGGCCUCUACAGCAUUUCUCAAGGGAAUGUCUUCUCUAAGGUUCUCUAACAUAGUAACAUCUCACUCACCUUUUCGGUCCACAAAACAAUUGGGUUUCUUUCACUCGAAAGCCUUCUCAUCAACCCAAAAGUUUAAAAACUCCACUUCUCAUCAAGAAUAUUUCUCAACAGGGACAAGCUCCCGGAAAAGCUUUGCCACCAAAGCUUUCUUCUCCACCAAACCGGCGUCGUUGCAAGAGUCUCCAAGACCUACGAAAAUUCAAGAACUAAACGUGUACGAGAUCAACGAACGAGACAGGGAAAGCCCAGCAAUCCUAAAACUGAGUAAGAAACCUGAUCAACUAGCACUUGGCGAUCUUGUUCCUUUCACAAACAAGCUCUACUCUGGAGACCUAAAGAAAAGGUUAGGUAUAACUGCUGGUCUAUCAGUACUUAUCAAGCACGUGCCAGAAAAGAAUGGUGACCGAUACGAAGCAAUAUAUAGCUUCUACUUUGGUGAUUAUGGGCAUAUAUCAGUUCAAGGAGCAUAUUUAACCUAUGAUGACACUUAUUUAGCUGUGACUGGUGGAACUGGAAUCUUUGAAGGAGUGUACGGACAGGUCAAGCUGCAUCAGAUUGUUUUCCCUUACAAGCUUUUUUAUACUUUCUACUUGAAAGGGAUACCUGAUUUGCCAGAUGAACUAUUGGGAACCCCAGUCACCCCUUCGCUGACCGUUGAACCUGCUUCGACUGCUAAGGCGGCUCAGCCUUCCGGGACCAUUCUUCACUUCACCGAUUGAUGCUGUCCAUGAGCUCUGACCUGUGUUCUUUUAUUCCUAGAAAGCUAGGAAUGUACGAUGAUGUGUUAUAUUUCCAUUUUAUUUAAUUAUUUGUUUUUUUCA